AACAAUCCUUUUGGGUUUAUUUAAUGUUUAAAUUAAGUUUUUUAGGAUUUUAUUUAGUAAGCUAUAGAGUAUAGAGAUUUAAAUUACAGAAAUAUCCCUUUUCAAGAAAACCUUAAUAUUCCAGAAAUGUUAUCCCAUAUCUGUACAAUAGAAGAUAUAUAAUUCUGCAUACAUUAAUUACACAGAAUGUUAGCCAUUACAGAUCAGAUUCAGUAAUUAUAUAGCCAAAUUAAUCUGCUAUCUCCAAGAUGCUGAUAAAGAGUAUUUUUAUAAUACAGCAUAUUUGGAACAUUUUCCUAUUCAUCCAAUUAAAAAUGUAGUAACAUUCACACUCCAGUUUGUAACCUAUAGAAAAAAAUCAUAUAUCAGUUUUUAAGCAGCAGAAGUCAGUGCUAACUGUUGGUUGUUAUGGGUUACUAGAGCUUGUAUAAACAGUCCUCCUAUUGUUUCUUACCCUUAAAUGCAGAUCAUGAAAUUAACAAAAUGUUUACAAAAAUCCUUAUUGAAUUUUUGAUUUUUUUUGUGUUACGGGAAAACAACACCUUCAUAUUUAUUAAACACUUUUCACCUCCUACUAUUUCAAAAUGCUUUUUGCAUAGGAGAAUUAACUAUAAUUUGUUCUUUUUGGUCCUAAAUUUAUAGAUGAAUGUUUUUGAUCUUGAAGCAGCUUUUCCUAUGGCAACUUACAUUUUCGCAAAGGGUGCUCGAGAACAGUAUGAGAAGCUGUCUAACAUGUACAACCACACAAACAAGCUGUAUGAUCAUUUAGGAGACUACCUCACUUUCGAUACCAAAGCAGUGAGUGUGGAGGAGUUCUUUGGAGAUCUCAGCAGUUUUCUGACAUUAUUCUUGGAGGCAGUGAAAGAAAAUAACAAGAGGAGAGAGAUGGAGGAGAAGAUGAAACGAGCAAAGAUUGCAAAGGAGAAAGCAGAGAGGGAAAAGCUUGAACGGCAACACAAGAAGAAGAAGCUCAUUGAUAUCAAUAAAGAGGGUGAUGAGACAGGAGUGAUGGAUAGCCUGCUUGAGGCCCUGCAGUCAGGCGCUGCAUUAAGGGAUCACAGGAAACGAUCUCCGAAAACUAAUGAUUACACUUUACAAGAACGCAACAAAGUAAAAUGGAACAAGCCUAUAUGGUUUAAACAUUGCUAGAAACACAAGGUGCUGUCUUAAGCAACCAGUCCUAAAUGGACCCCCAAAAUGUAAAAUGUUUGGCACUGGCACACUGGUACUUCUGUGUUAGUGCCAUAGAUUAUUUGGCUUGCUUGCUGAAAGGUUUAAAUCAUGAAACAAGAACCAUUCAUCAGACACCUCAACUACAGGAGCAGCAUUUAGUCAUCAAGCAAGAACCAUUCCUCAUUCACCUUACCAACUGUAUAACAAACUGGAAGAACAGAGAGAAAGAAAGUGGCAUUUAUCACAAAACAAAGCAACUGCAAACUUUGCAUACAUUGAAAUGACCUGUACCCGGCUAACUAACCGACAUGUGUCUCUUGGUUAACUACUCACAUUCCCUCCUGUUGUUCAGAUAAAUGAAACAACAAUGAACUGACGCCAGCAGUUGUGCAAUUAAUAUAAACAUCCAGGAAGUACAAAUUACCUUUGCUGCUAGUUGGAAAAUGAACGCUCUAAAGGGAAAUUUAAAUACAGAACUCCUAUUGCCAUCUUUGUUUGAAAGAAUGGAAUUUAAACAAAUUUCCUAUGUUCAAUUUGGACUCUACUGUGAAUUGUUAGGCAAGAAUCUGAAAAAGUGCCAUGACUCAUUUUAUUUUCAUUUAAGAGGGAAUAAGGGAGAAACCAAGACAAGUUGAUUUAUUAAGUGCUUUCUCUCAGGUAAUUUGCAGUUUAGUCAGAUCCAAUAUAAUUGGAGAAAGAAAGGAAAAGAAAUCUAAGGAUUUCAGGUCAAGUUCUUUAGUAACUGCACUUUUCAGCUUAUCAGCCACUUACAUUAACUUUUUUAAAGAACUAAAGCCUUUGCUGCAAAGUUCACCCUCUGCAGUGUUACUAGUAAAUGUAUUAAAUGCCAUCAAUAAAGGGAUAAGGAAGCUCACUCAGAUGGCCGCAUUCCUAUUGCCAUUACAGUGUUGCAUUCAUGGUGCUACUAUGGCAACAAAUACAGUAGUUUAUAACUUUGUGCUAGUUGCUAUGUGUCAUGUUCUGGCUUCCUUCCAGCAUUAAAGGUUUUUACUUAGUAUGUGACUGGCACAAUGAUAAUGGUGAUGCUAGCAAUAGCAAUGACACCUAAAUCUUCCACCCCAGGUCCCUAGUUAUCUUCUGGCUACCGUAUAUACUCGAGUAUAAGCCAAGUUUUUCAGCAUCCAAAAUGU